AUACUGACCACAAACAUUUGAAUGGUAGUGUACAGAUUAUAUCCUGAAGAGUAGUAAUAAUACCUCCCAUACACCAGGUGGUGCAAUUAGCCUAAUAAUAAACCCAGUAAAGUUCUUAUCAGUAAUCUUCUUAGUUACAUUCCCCCUCCCUCUCAGCCAUCUGCUUUGGCUCAGAGGAGGAUUUCAUUUUCUUACUGAGGGCUAAAAGAGAGAUCUGUCCGUCUACCCCAAGAUGUAUAAAGCUUUUGACAGCCAUUUGGAAAAUGAAAGCAAGGACGAUGAAGGAUCCCUGUCCUCUUCUUUCUGGACAGAUCGGGAAAGUGAGGGGGAAGACGGGGACUAUGUUAAGAAAGAAAACAGAAGGAUUGAGAGAAAGCCUGAAAGAGACAGUAAUGAUGAGAAGAAAAGAUUUGUAAUGGGAGAUGAUAAAAAGGAGAGGAUGAAGGAAACUCUUCAAGGGAAUGAGUUGGAGAAGAAGAAAUAUGUACAGGCUGAAACAAAUCCUAAGGCAGGUGAUGAAGGAAGUGAUUUCGAUAGAGAAUGUUUCAUGGAAGUUGAAAUGGAAAAAGGCAUAGAGGUGACAAGAACAGAUCAAGAAAAAGAGGAGGACAAGGAAAAAGGCAAAGAGAAUGAAGAGGAAGAAGAAAGUGAAGAUGAGGAAAGAGAGUUUGAUGAGGAGGAAGACAGUGGAGAUGAGGAGGAAGAAGAAAGUGAAGAGGAGGAAACAGGACUAGAGAAUGAAGAGGAGGAAGAAAGUGAAGAUGAGGAAGAAGAAAGUGAAGCUGAGGAAAAAGAGUUUGAAGAGGAGGAGCAAAAAGGAAAAGAAAGUGAAGAGGAAGAAACGGGACAGGAAAGCGAAAAGAAAGAAGCCUGUGAAGAGAAAGAAAGUGAAGAGGAAAAAGGAGAAGCAAGUGAGGAGGAGGAAAAGGAAGAAGUAAGUCAAGAGGAAGAAGGAAGUCGAGACGAGGAAGAAGAGUUUGAGCUGUGUGAACAGGGGAAAAGGAAUAAAAAGAAGGAAGAGGAGGAUCUAGAAGAAAGUGAGGAGGAAGAGGAUAGUGAGGAGGAGAAAGAGAGCUCUGUCAAUGGAGAAAACUCUGAGGAGAACAAAGCCCAAAGCAAUGAUUCAGAGAGCGAGAAAGAUCAGGUGAGUGUGGAGGAGAGUGAAGAAGAAGAAGAGUGUUUUCCAAAAGAAGACUCAAAUAGUGAAGAAAAGUGUACAGGUAAAGAUUCAGACAGUGAUGAAAAGAAAGAGGGUCUCACCAAGGAAGAGAGCACAGGUGGAAGUGGGGAAGAAGAACAAGAUGAGGAGGAAGAAGAAGAAAACGAAGAAGGAGAUAAUGUAUGUUGUGUAUCAGACGAGAAUGAAGGCAUUGAGGACAAAAUAGAUGGUGGCCAAUCUUUUGUGAAGAAAGAGAGCACAGGAAACUCUGAAAGCGAGGGAUCAGAGAACGGCAAACCGAAUGAGAGAGAACCUAAAAAUGACGAAGACAUGAAUGACGAAGAGGAAAAAGACUUUUUCGCAAAAAGGAAGAAAACAGAGGAAAACCCUGACAGCAAUGAGGAACAGGAGAGGAAUGGUAUUGGAGAUGGAAACAGUGAAGAGGAAGAGAGAGAAUGUUUUAUCAAUGAAUAUGACAAAGAGAUAGAACUUGGAAAGAGUGAUGAAAAAGACGGAGAUAUAAGCAGCGAUGUCAAUCUGGCAGAGAACAGGUCAGGAGCAGAUGAACAUGAAAGUGGGAUGGAAGAGGAGGAGGAAGUAUCUAAAGGAGGCAGUAAGGAAAAAGAGGAGAUAGACUGGUUUUUUGAUGCACCUGUUGGGGAAAAGGAGAGUUGGGACCAGGACAGGAAGUCAUGGGCAAGUGAUGAUGAUUAUGUUACCAUAUCCAGUGGCCAUUCGCAGAAAGAAGAGGAAGACGAACAUAACACGUUGCCUGCUUGGGAAGAAGAGCAUGCUGAUGUACGGCAGAAGAAGGAAACUAGAGACAUCUAUGAUGAGGAUUUUCAUGAAAGUCUGGGCAGCCCUGCCGCGAGCAUUUUAACGUCCGGUUAUGGCACGUACAGACCAGACUCGUCUAAAGAUGGAGACCCGGAGGAAGUGGACUAUAGAGACGACUGUACUCUGGCUGGAUUAGAAGAAGAGAGCGAGUCGAUCUUAGAUGCUCAUGAUUAUGAGGAUAACAGCAGUCUGGUGUGGUUCGGAGACGUUCAAGCAUUAGAAACAUCUGAUGGAGGAGCUCCUGCAAAAUCACCGGAUGAUAGGAAAGAUGUAGCCGUACACUGUACUGAUCAAAGCCAUGAUGGAUCCGAGGAUGAUGCUCAUCGAUUUCCUGACACGCCAAGCAAAGGUCAUCAAGCCGGCCCGCAGCAGACUCCCACAGGGAGUGACAUUGGAGCUCAAGAUUCAGGCUCUCAAAAUGUGGCAUAUUUCAAUGAUGGUUUGGAGGUUGAGGGUUUGCGGGACAGUCUUGACCACCCAUUUAAUUUGAGGCACAGGAGGGGCAGAGUUCAAAGGAGACCCGAGGAGAAACGGAAUGAUGAUGGAUAUGAUGACGGCUCAAAGGGGAAGAGGGUCAGAGCUUAUACUGGCUGCCUUGGUACAGUUAGUGAGCUGGAGGAGCGAUUGGACCACAUGCGGAUCGGUGCAUCUCGUGUGCAGUAUGACUCAGAGAGUGAAGAAACAGGAAGUUACAGUGGCAGAUCCAGCUCUGUGACGGAGGAACCCCCGAGUGCUUUCCUGGAAUACAUCAGAGGCAUGACACGAUCACACAGCGAGAGUGACAUUCGCCCUCGUCCAAAGUCAUUUAUACGGCCAGUUUUUGAUCAUCCUCACACGAGGAACUUGAAGAAAACUGAUCCAGUGGCAAAGUAUUUGCAAUAUAAGCAGGACUGGGAGAUGUUUAAACCUCCAGGAGAGAAGAGCAGGAAGGAGCUGCACUGGGCCAUCAGGGAACAGCUCAUGUAUCAGCCUCCACCAACGAGACCUCAGAAGACAUUCAUCCCCAACAAUUAUGUGGUUCCAACAGAGAAGAAGCGAUCUGCUCUAAGAUGGGAGAUCCGACAUGAUUUAGCACACGGCAUUAUCCCAACAAAAAUCUCCUAUCCCUGAGAUGCAGAAUGUUCCACCGAUGCCUUAUCUUUUAUAUACUCUUCUUAAUGUUAUUAUUUAUUCAUAUGAUAUUGAAUUGUUUUUUACCAUGUGGAAUAUGUGAAAUGAGACAAC